AUGGAGUCCAUUGGCAACAUUGAGACUAAGUUGCCGUCGCUGCGUGGCAAGGGAGCUAGUUUUGCGAGCUAUGUUACGGAGCUGGAGAGAGUAGAGGCACAACUGAAUGAGUUUUACAACGGCAGCAAUCGGUUCAAGAGGCAUAAGUGGGACGCGAGAAGGGCCAAGGAUGCGGAGUACAGACUCAUAACGGAUCGCCUACUUAAGUUGGUCGAAGGACAGAUCGGCAGAAAGAGAGAGGAAACCAACAAGGUUGUGAUUGGGGUUGGUCUGGGCAAGCCUUCAACCAAGACGAGAAUCUCCUCUUUGCACGAGUCCUUUCAGUCGUACUUUGUUCAGAAGGCCAGAUCUCUGGGCUACAUCGUAGUUGGAGUGAAUGAGUACGACAGGUCGGAAUCCACAGGCUAUACUGCUCAACCUGCGACACUUUCAUACACCGCGAUAUCAUGGUAG